AUGAAAAUGAAGCAAACACAGAUUGAUGAAAUUUUAUCGAAUGCUGAACAAAGAAUGACUAAUCAGGCAGGGGCACUUCUGCUGCUGGUGUCCUGCCCCCUUUUAUGGAAGAAUGUAGCCUCUGUGCCUUUAAGUAGCAAUGAUACUGAUGAUUAUCAAGAACUCCUCAACGAACUGUUUGAUCAUGCUCAGAAUAUGUCUCAGAAUAUUGGUGUCCUCAACUUGGAACUGCGCAGGGUUUAUACUGUCGGUGACUUCACUGAAAAAUUGUACCACAGAUAUGUAAAUGAGUUUAUUGAGGAUCAGGAGUUUAUGAUGAAGACUCUCACCUGCUGCCACAAAUAUUCCAUGAAAACUCCAGAAAACAUAGAUGAAGCUCAAGAGAUUUCUCUUGAUUACUUUCCAAAACUGAUACUCAGUAGACUUCAAGCUUGGAAUGAGACUCUGCAGAAGCUACAGACCAUUCUCGGGAGUACUCCAGAUAUACCUAAUGGUGCACUGUCUUUGGCCAAAGACAUUAAGGGGAAAAUGUCAGAGCUUUUUGAGGACAGCAAGAAUAUACUCAGCUCGAUUUAUGGAAGAACAGAAAAUGUGGAAUCCACUGUCUAUUCUGGUCUUGAAGACUUAAACUCACCUGAUCAAGAGUCACGUUUUUUUGCCAUUUGUAAAUUUUCUUAUUGCUUACGUAGAGAUAUGCACACAGUUGACAUUUGUCUCCAGCUCUUGAGGUGUGUGGUACUUGUUAAUAAUGAUUGCCGAUCCAUCAAAAUUGAAGAUACUUCAUGA